UUCAAAAGUCAGGUAUGUCGUCACUUCUGUCUUAUAUUCUCGGUUACCCAAAGAAAGAAAAGAAAAAGAAGUAACUAGGAUUUUAUGUUGAUUGUAUGUUGGCACAGUGGUCUCAAUAGGGCACACAUCCAUUUCUUUGAAAAGUGAAAGUAGCCCUUAUCCAGUUUAUGUAUGGAAUUGCAUGUUUCCCUGGUAACCGAGUCUGUUAUUUUAUUUUUUUGUUUUGUUUUCGUUAAAACAUACCAAAGGGUUCAUUGAUACCAGCGGAGGCAGGUGAGAAAUUGUGUAUUUGUCAUUUAAUUUACGCAACUUUCAAGUUUUAGGGAAUCACAGAUCAUUUGGUUUCAGUUUUAGUUUCAGUCAUUUUCUAUCUUUACUUUGCUUAUAGCGUUAGAAUCUGCAUUAUGACACAUUAAGCCUUCAAAGUGCUAACGGUUCAUUGAAUAGCCUCCUUUAUGUGGAUGUGAAACGGUUAUUUCACUGCACGUCGGCCUUAAAUGUAACUAAGUUUCAUAGAUUUUGUGUUUUUUGCCCUAAAUUGUGUGUGGAAGGAAGACAUUACCUCCUCGGGCCGUGCACCACCGCUUCAGCAAUCAGACUGUCAGUGAGUAUACACCGCUUAUGGGUGCCUGGUUUAGGACUGAGACAGACCACAGUCGGGGUUCAAGGCUGUAACUUGACUAAUUGGCAACCGGCCGAAUAUGCCGAAAAGGAAGUUGUGCCUGAGCGAGUAAACUGAGGGCUGACCUUCCCCUUUAAACAGUCAGGAAGUGUUGCUGUUAAUCUCAGUACUGUAGAGCAAAGGUGGAUAUACAUUUCUUUAGUUUUACGCCCCUGUUUUCUUUCUUCUUGGACGUAAACAUCUAAUUACUUUGACUGACAAAGCAUCCACCUCAACACUGAAACCAGCCACUGCUGUCCAGCAAUGCCUCUGUUUCGGGGUUUGGUUGAACAUGUGGCGAGGGCUCAAGCCGACCAGAGGAGGAGGAGGAGGAGGAUGGAGAACGUGGAGUGGAUGGGGAGCUGUGGGAAGACAGAUGAAGAUGGCUCCGUCCUCUCGCUGACACGGUUGUGUCUGCUGAACCUUGCUGACAACAUGAAGGAAGUGUGGGUGAAAGACUACGCGGACAACUACCUGGAUCACUAUUUCUUCAGACACAUCAUGGGGCCUUUCAACUUACUGCCGGGCGACCUCGUGGAGGAGCUGACGUUGCUGCUCUGCGCCAGAAAGGAGUUGUCCCGAGCAGCCCUUCACCUCCUGCUGGUCCCCCAACUCCGUGGCCUGUCUCUGCAAAAGUGUCCCAUUCUGGUCACCUCCACCCUCUGUCCCCACAUUACUGCACGUUGUCAGGCUCUGUGGCGUCUGGACCUAUCUGGAGUCCAGCAGCUGCCUUCAAAGGUCCUGUGUGAAACCCUCUGCUGUCUUUCUGCCCUGCGCUCGCUCUGCCUGGCUGGGACACCUUGUGACAGAUGUGUCAUUGGGACGAUUGCCCUCCACUGUCGUUUGCUGCGCCAUCUGGACGUAUCCCACUGUCGUUUCCUCUCUCCUGCUGCACUACUUCCUCUUGGAAGUGGGGCGGCCCUUUCAUCCUCUGGCUGUCCGUCUAAGUCAUCUUUUCGCUGCACCUCUACAUCCCAAUCUUUCAUUUCCCCUUCUUGCUCUGCACCUCUGUCUCCUCUGCCCCUCAGCAGUCUCCUGGCUCUGGAUAUUGGCUCUGAGGUACAAGAGGGAGACUCUGUGGCGGUGGCAGCCUUCCUCCUCCUCUCCCUGCCCUGCCUGGAGAGAGUGGCCAUGGAGGGCCUCACACAAGCCUGUUGUCUCAUCCAGCGCAGAGAGUUUGACCAGACAGAUAAGUUCACUGACAGAGAAGGAGUUCCUAGGCUGGGGGUGAUGUGGGCGGAUUGGAGGCACAGACAGGGCAAGGACAGUUGGAGGGAAAAGAGAGAAGGAGCAGCAGCAGAUGAAGAAAAUGAGGAUGAGGAGAGGACGUUGUGUGAUGGGUAUGGUAGUGAGAGUGAAGAAGAUGCACGUAGAGGUGAAGAGCAAGGCUGCUGUCAGGACCAAGCACAGGAACAAAGGAGAGGAAGAGUUUUGUCUCAGUCAGGUGAUGAACACCUGAUCCUGCGCCUGAAGGACGUCAAGAGUUUAUCAUGUGACUCUCUGGACAGUUUAAGCCAUUUAUGUCCAAACAUCUACUCAAUAUCUGUGAACGCUGAUGAUUGUGAAGAUGCCAGAGAAGGUCGCCAGGGGUCUCUGUUAGCCGCAGGCCUCCAGGCGUGGUCAGGCCAGCUGCGGAGCCUCUCCGUACACUACUCAGGCCCCCUGGUGGACCUCCUUCCCGCCUUGCAAGUAGCAGGCUCGUCCUUGCUCUCUCUCACCCUGGAGGGGGUGAAAACCAGCCCUCACACUCCUCUACUGGAGGUCAUCAGGGCAUGUCCCAAACUCAGAGACCUGCUCAUCUCUGCUGAGCCUCCCACCACGCCACAGGAAGAGGAAGAUGAGGAGGAUCAGCGGGACAAUUGGGAUCUUCCACGGCUGCCUAACCUCUGCUCUCUUGCACUCAGAUUCUCCUACGAGCACAGCCUAAUGAAGCCUGUCAUGUCCUGGAUGUCCCUGAAGAAGGUGCUCAAGAGUCUCCUGACUGGUUCUCCUUUGCUGGAGAAGCUGUCACUGGUCUCCCUGCCAUGCCCUCUGAACUGCGUUUUACAGGAUGUACUGCGCAGAGUGGCCCCAGACCUGCAUCUCUCUGCAGAUUCCACAGGCUUACCUCCCCUGCCACUUGGACGGGUGCGUUACAUUGACCUGCCGCGGACGGAUGUGAAGAUGAUAACGGUGAAAAGUAUAAUGCAACGGAGCAAGAGACUCAAGUGUGUAGAUGUGAGUUGUUGCUGGAAAAUCAGUCAGCUUCAGCUUGAGUUGUUGGCCUUAGAGAGGAUCAGUAACGCUCAAGUUAUCCGGUUGUAGUGAAGAGAUGGACGACCUCCAAUACAGGAGUAACACACUCCCACGACAGCAUCAAAAAUGCUUUAAAUCACUCAAAUAAAAAUACGCUGCACAAUUUUACAGUGAUUGCAUCAGUAUCUACAACUCUAUCACUUCUGUUAUUUUUGUAACUACAGUAAAUUCCUACAGACACAGAUUGAUUGAUUGUACUACCUCUUACAGAUUACCGUGCGGCUCUCUACAGUGCCUUGAAUGAACUGCAAACUGUGUCUGUAUGGUGUUUUUGAUAAAUCUUUUUAUCUUGUUUUUCUGAUGGCAACAUUAAACAUAUGCACGAGGAA